GGGCCCCGCCCCGGGGCUCCAUUGUUGAGGCGGCCGCCGCUCAGUGGGCUUCGGGCUGCGAUCCUCUCGGCCCGCGCUGCCGGGAGCCAUAGCUGCGAGCCAGCGGGUUGAGCAAUGGAAGAGCUAAUAGUUGAACUUCGCCUCUUUCUUGAGCUCUUAGACCAUGAAUAUCUUACAUCAACUGUCAGAGAGAAAAAGGCGGUACUUACUAACAUCCUAAUGAGGAUACAGUCGUCCAAAGGCUUUGAAGUAAAGGACCAUGCUCAGAAGCCAGAGACCAACAGCCUGCCGGCCCCACCUCAGAUGCCUCUGCCAGAGAUCCCUCAGCCAUGGCUCCCUCCUGACAGUGGGCCUCCACCCUUACCAACGUCCUCUCUUCCAGAGGGUUACUAUGAGGAAGCUGUGCCACUGAGCCCUGGAAAAGCUCCAGAGUACAUCACCUCAAAUUAUGACUCGGAUGCCAUGAGCAGCUCCUAUGAGUCAUAUGAUGAAGAGGAGGAGGACGGAAAGGGGAAGAAAACCCGGCACCAGUGGCCCUCAGAGGAGGCCUCCAUGGACCUGGUGAAGGAUGCCAAGAUCUGUGCCUUCCUGCUCCGCAAGAAACGCUUUGGCCAGUGGACCAAGCUGCUCUGUGUUAUCAAGGACACCAAACUACUGUGCUAUAAAAGUUCCAAGGACCAGCAGCCUCAGAUGGAACUGCCACUCCAAGGCUGCAACAUUACCUACAUCCCGAAAGACAGCAAAAAGAAGAAGCAUGAGUUGAAAAUCACCCAGCAAGGCACAGACCCACUCGUUCUUGCAGUCCAGAGUAAGGAGCAGGCCGAACAGUGGCUGAAGGUGAUCAAGGAGGCCUACAAUGGCUGUGGUGGUCCUGUGGAUCCAGAAUGUGCUCCCCUUCCCAGCGCCCCAGUGCCCAAGGCAGAACUGGAGAAGAAACUGUCUUCAGAGAGGCCCAGCUCAGAUGGGGAAGGUGUCGUGGAAAAUGGAGUCACCAUGUGUAAUGGAAAAGAACAAGUGAAGAGAAAGAAAAGUUCCAAGUCAGAGGCCAAGGGAACUGCGUCUAAAGUCACUGGGAAAAAGAUCACCAAGAUCAUUGGUCUAGGAAAGAAGAAGCCAUCCACGGAUGAGCAGACUUCAUCUGCUGAGGAGGAUGUGCCCACCUGUGGCUACCUAAAUGUGCUCUCCAACAGCCGCUGGAGGGAGCGCUGGUGCAGAGUGAAGGACAGCAAGCUCAUCUUGCACAAAGACAGGACCGACCUGAAGACGCACAUUGUCUCCAUCCCCCUCCGUGGUUGUGAGGUGAUCCCAGGCUUGGAUUCCAAGCAUCCGCUCACUUUCCGGCUGCUUCGCAAUGGUCAGGAGGUGGCUGUGCUAGAGGCAUCAUCUUCUGAAGACAUGGGCAGAUGGAUUGGCAUCUUACUUGCUGAGACAGGGUCCUCUACAGACCCAGGGGCCCUGCACUAUGACUACAUAGAUGUGGAGAUGUCUGCAAAUGUCAUUCAGACUGCCAAACAGACCUUCUGCUUCAUGAACAGACGUACAGUGUCCACCAGCCCAUACCUGGGGAGCACCUCCAAUGGCUAUGCCCACCCUAGUGGGACUGCACUGCAUUAUGAUGAUGUCCCCUGCAUCAAUGGCUCGUGGGACAUGGAUGAUGGCUUUCCUGGCUGCGGGAGCAGAGGCCUGGCAGAAGAGGUGCUUUAUGAUAAUGCGGGCCUCUACGAUAACUUGCCGUCUCCAACAAUCUUUGCUCGCUCCUCUCCUGCUGACCGAAGGGCUUCUCGGCUGUCUUCUAACCACUACAAAUCCCCUGCUUCCUGCAGUCCACCCUGCUCCCCAUCUGUCACUAACCCCUCUUCUGUGGGGAGGGCAUCUCUUGGGCUGCACUCGCAGCUCAAGGGCAAAAAGCCCCCAGCGACAUCUAAUGGGAUUCCUGGAAAAGGGAAGGCUCCAAGCAGUCAACAGAAAAAAGUGGAUUCUACAGGUGGUGUGAAGCGGACAGCAUCAAAUGCUGACCAGUACAAAUACGGAAAGAACCGGGUGGAAGCAGAUGCGAAGCGGUUACAAACCAAAGAGGAGGAGCUGCUGAAGAAGAAGGAGGCCCUGAGAAACAGGCUAGCACAGCUCCGGAAGGAAAGGAAGGACCUAAGGGCUGCCAUUGAAGUGAAUGCAGGCAGAAAGACCCAAGUGGUCCUGGAGGACAAGCUGAAGAGGCUGGAGGAAGAGUGUAAGCAGAGGGAAGCGGAGCGGGUCAGUCUGGAGCUGGAGCUGACUGAGGUCAAGGAGAGCCUGAAGAAGGCACUGGCUGGUGGUGUUACCCUGGGGUUAGCCAUUGAGCCAAGGUCGGGAACAUCAAGUCCACAGUCUCCUGGGUUCAGGCAUCGGACUCUGGAAAACUCGCCUAUCUCCAGCUGUGACACAAGUGACACUGAGGGCCCCCUGCCUGUGAACAGUGCAGCUGUUCUGAAAAAGAGCCAGCCAGCCUCGGGCAGCUCCCCCUGCCGUGGGCACGUGCUGCGGAAGGCCAAGGAAUGGGAACUGAAGAAUGGGACAUAGAGGGAGGCCAUGCUGUGCCCAGAGCCUGCACACUGCCACCAGCCUCCUCACAGGCAACCUCGGAUACUCCCCCAAAGUGGUCUGACCAUGACUUCAGACGUUUGAAGCCGAGCUCUGAUGCUGACAUCUUCGCCUGGCUUACAUGUCCUCUUUCUACUGUAUAAUGGUGCCCUGUAGAAAAGUUUACUUUCAGACUUUGGUGUCCACAUUUAUUUGUUUAAAAAAAAAAAAGAGAGAGAGAAACAAAGGGGCAACAAACUGUUGUAAAGACCCCUCUGGCAGGUAAGGUAGUCAUCUCAGCCCAUACACAGCCUGCAGACAGAUGCACCAUGGCUCCCACGAGCUCAGUAGGACCUAGAGCAGAUUGCACCCUCUGCUGCCGCCCUCCCUGCAUGUGACCAGCACCUAGUGUCUGCCCUUCCCUGUCGGCCACAGGUCGGGCUGCAUAGCCUCAGUGUGAACAUCGGGAAUGACCUGUGUGUGUCUCUGCACCCCUCCCAUGCCUGUCCCCCGCUACUGGAGGUGAAGCCAUGGGGACUUUGUGCUGUGAAGUGUCUGCCUUUAAGUUGGGGGGGUGGGGCUUGACAGAUGCUUUUGUCACCAGGACAAGAAAAGCUGCCAUUCUUUAUAGCCUUGUUUGGUUUUUUUUGUUGUUUUGUUUUAAGAUAAUGUCCCUGUUUAUGACUGAUUUGUUUUGCUCAGGAGAGGUUGCAGAGGCUAGCCCUUGUCUAGCAUGCCCCUUUCUGCCUUGACCCAGUACCCCAGUCUUUCCCUACUCUCCAGAAAAGGUGAACUUGGGUUCAUCAUCCAUUUAUGGACCCUCUCUGACAAGUGUGGUCAGUGCUUCUUUUGCAAAGGAAGGAGGUUCUGGAACCCAUAGGUUCAGACCAGGACAAUCUUAGAGCACAGAUGGCCUUCAGAGCUUUUCCUCUUCCCUUCAGUAUGUAAGUAGAAGCCAUGAAUCGUGGAUGCACUUGGCCUUGCUGGUACUUCCCCAGGUGUUGUGGGCCAGGUGGCCUUUUCCCCCUUCUCCUGCUUGGACUGAGUACCAUGUUCCUUGGGUAGUUCAGAUGUUCAGUAUGCAAAGAGGAAAACAGCUCGGGAGUCAGGCUGGCCUCCACCCUGUGGGUCUGAGAGUCAGGCAGACUGGCAUUUUGGUCUCCCUAGGCACUGCAGAGAAGAGAUAAUCAGUCACCUAUGCAGAUUUGUUCUGGUCCAGUCACAUGGGUUAUAGGCUUUUUCCCAAAAGUACAGAACUUGGUAAAGCUCUGUUGGAGGCGAGCCUUUUAGCCACAGUCCUGACUCUUAUUGUACAGGAAGGGGUGAUUGGAUAGUCUCUCCUCUCCUCUCCUCUCCUCUCCUCUCCUCUCCUCUCCUCUCCUCUCCUCUCCUCUCCUCUCCUCUCCUCUCCCCUCCCCCCCCUCCCCUCCCCUCCCCUCCCUUCUUCUCCUCUGCUCUCCCUCUUUCCCUAUCCCUCUCCCCCUCUCCCCCUCCCCCUCUCUCUAUGUCUCUCUCUAUGUCUCUCUCUCUCUGUCUCUUUGUGCCCCAGGGCCUAUUCUAGGCAGCCAGAGCAUCUGUAGCCUUCAUGGUGAGGGCAGUGUUCAGUGUGUUGCCCUCUAGCCUAUAGCACUACCUUGUAGUUCUGAGGAGCAGCAAGGUUGUCUCCAGUGCAUGGGGAUAUUCUUACUACAAAUCCAAAGCUGCUCCACUGGAAGCCCCCUGAAUCCUUACUUCAGUGUAGAGCCACCUGCCAGGAGACUGAUUCUUAAGCUGUCACAUAGGCACCUUGCUCUGCAGCACCUUACCCCACAGGGCAAUAGAUGGACACGCUUUGUACCAGCAUCUGUGGCCAUUCCUUGCUGCUGGAAAACCACGCAGGGAGAACCUGGAAGUAAGGAAUGGGGGAAGCAGUCUCCACAUAAACCAGCCUGUUCCCAUAGCAGCAAGUUAGAGCCCUGCAUGAUCAUGGGAGCUGUGGCCACUUCAUAUCAUGUGAGAUGAAUGUUCAUUCUAUAAAGGGAAGAGUAUUUGCCUACUGUAGAUUUUUGCUGCCUUCAAGGCUCUUGGCCCUUCUGAUGGGCAACCUGUUUUCUCUGGACUGUUACCAAACGAAAGAGAAAAUGCCCAGCCUGAAGUUUCAGUCCUGGCUUCAGUCCUGGGAGAUGCUGGAGUAGAGUGGGAAUAUGAGUGGAAUGCCAUGCCUAACCGAGGGACCAUUGCUACUGCAGCUGCAUAUUGCAUGUGAUGACCAAGACUUGGGAUAUUAGUCCUGCAGAAAACACAGUUCUUUUGGUUUGGACCCUGGUCUCAGGCUCCUGGCAUAUGUAGUUAGUGUUUAAAAACCCCAAAAUUGUAAUACCCCGUAACUGGGUCUAGGAGGAGCAGCUGAAGGAGAUGCUGUAAGCAGAAGCAGGGGCUCUUUAAAGCGGGCUCUGAAGUGGGCUCUGCUGGCUUGCGCUCACCUCAACAUUCUUAGAUUUGAUCAGAAAGUUAGAUUAAAGCAUGUGCUUCAGAAGAAAUUAUUUAUUUGUAUAUGUUCAAUGAAUAUGGUUUUAAUUUAUAUCUGUACAUACUGAACACCCAGAAGAUAUUUGUCAGAAUCCUGACAACAAUCUCAUUUUAUGACUUGCCCAAAAUGUGCUCAGCCAUAACUCCCAGCCUCUGGGACAGUUGUCAGUACUACAGUCUUGUUUUGUCUGGAGUCAGACUGGCAGAAGACCACCCCCUUGCUGCCAUAAGCUUCUUUUGAAGCAUAUCCCACCAUUGUAACCUCAUCAGUGGUUGUUGGCCACAUGGUGAUGGGAGCCAGCCAGACCUGGGGAAGGAUGGCUCUGGAUAUGUAAGGCAAGGUGGCCUACCUCUUCAGGUCUCUGUUACUCUGAAGACAAUGUGCUUUCACUUUCAGCCAUAAUUUGGAGAGAUACCAUCAACCUUCAGAAUUCCUCCAUUUUUAUUUCAUAAUGUGUUCUGUGACUAACUCUUUGCAUAGAAAUAGCUGCACUGAUAACAGGGCUCACCUGGUCCCUGAGAGGCUCAUUUGUAGACACUCGUCACACAGACUGUGCCAGUGCCCAGAAAGGGUAAUCAUCAUGGCCAGGUCAGCAGAUACCAGGAAGGCCCAUCCAGCUAGGUGUGAGCCUGCCACAUAUGGACUCUUCUAGAACCAUUCCUUGAGACUCACAGUGACUGCUUCUCAGUGUCAUGUGUCAGUCUCUCUUGUCCCCUCCCUGCCUGGUCAUCUGCUUCAUCUUUUCCACUUUUCCUAAGUUGCUUUGGCCAUUUCCAAAACACUAAACGACAUGCUUAUGGGCUGGAGAUUGGCCACUUUUGGCAAGUAUGCUUCAAAAAGCAUGUCCAAGCCCUGAGGCGAAGAACUGCAGCAGGUUCCACCAUGGCUUGGGGUGAGGACUGGGCUUAGAGCUGUGGGCCAAGCUCAUGUGGUCAUGGGCACAUCUGCAAAAGUCCUUUACCUGCUGCCCUAUGGCAGCAUUGUCUGUGUGUCCCAGCCUCUCCUCCAAAACGGGGCAGGACUCCUCUGCAGUUGUCACCUGCCUGUGCUCUGGUGGGGGAGGCAUUUAAGCCUGGCAGCCCCUUCCAGCCACAGCCAUGGAUCGGAGCUCCACCCAUACCCACCAGCAGAUAAAACACCCCAUAUCCUAUGGUUGUGGCAACUUGAUUACUACCUUCACUUUUCUAAAAUAAUGUUUUUAAACCAGAACAGUUUUCAAAUUCAUAGUUUCAAAUAUGUGUUUGAAUAUUUGAGUCUGUUACAACUGUCUUAUUACAGACCCCAUAGUGGGCUGGGUUCACACUGUGAAAUAAACUGCAAGUAAAAAUAAAAUGUGUGUGCCAUGUACACAUAGCUCCACCCCAAGGGAGAAGCCACAGCAGCUGUGUAUGAACUGUCAUUGGCAGAGAGAGGCCUACCUUCAUCCCUUUGGGAUGCCCCAGCUGAUGCUCCCUUGGUGCGUGGCUACAAAAUGCCACUACCAUCUUCAGUGACAUCAGCUUCCCCACACACUGUGAGAGCCCCAGAGUGGGGUCUGCAGUUCUUGAGUCUUAGGGACCAAAGGUGUUUUUAAGAAGAUGACUUUGGGAUUGAUUUUCUAACAAAAAAGGAUUCACUUUACAUUUUAACAGCAAUGUUAGGUGAUAGUUAUUCAGAAUUAAUUGAACAUGACUAUAAGUUGUAAAAUGUUUUCAUAUUAAGAAUGUAAUUAUUUCCUUAUUGUAUUUUUAAAAGACUAAAGUCCUAUUUAAAAUUCUCUUUGAAAGAACCAGGCAAAGAAGAGUUGUUUUUUUUUUUUUUUUUUUUUUUAACUAAGUUUGUUGGCAGUGCCCAUUUGAGCUGAUGUAAAUAUAUUUUGGCUAUGUUUAUCACUGUAUUUAAUUCAUAAAGUAAAAAUUUUAUGUAAAAAAAUCACAAUGAAAAUACAAGUUUUAGCCCAUUUUCCCCUUUUGUAGUAGCCUUAUCUGAAUUUUCUGCUUUAUGGAUUGAUUUUUCUACUGUUGUAAUGGUGUAGCCCAUUGACUGGCGCCUAUGGCGUAAACCACUUGUGUAUUAUUAAUAAAACUAUGGGGUGAGGGGGCCAGGCCUCAAACCCUCCCAACCUUG